GAAUCUUCUCCAAAAUUUAAAUCAUGCUGUAACGCUGAAUUUCCAAGAUACGGAAUUAAUAGAGUCCUAAUUCAUGAUGCCUCUUUGCUUUGUUUCUUUGCAGUGUUGUACACAGGAAUUCAGAGUCAAAGUGGACAGUGUCAGAAGCAGAAUCUCAACUGUCAAGAUGACCACUUCUAGCAGCAGCCCCGUCUACUGCCCUCUCAUCCAGGCCAUGGUGAACGCCAGCGUACCCUCCAACUCCUCGGCUGAGGUGGGGUCUCUGAGCCUGGCCACAGUGUGUCUCCACGGCCUGGUCUCCUGCUUCGGCAUCCUGGAGAACAUCCUCAUCCUGGGGGUCGUGGGCUUCCGCGUCCGCCGUACCGUCAUCAGCAUGUGGAUCCUCAACCUGGCUGCCUCGGACCUCCUGUCCACGGCCUCCCUCCCCUUCUUCACCCUCUUCCUGGCCCGCGGAGAGUCCUGGACCCUGGGCACCACCUUCUGCAAGCUCCACUCCUCCCUCUUCUUCCUCAAUAUGUUCGUCAGCGCCUUCCUGCUGGCGGCCAUCUCUCUGGACCGCUGUCUGGUGGUUCUCAAGCCCAUCUGGGUCCACAACCGGAGGAACGUGCGGCUGGUUGGCAGGGUGUGUGGAAUCAUCUGGGCCCUGGCUUUACUCUGUACGGUACCGUACUACCUGUUCCGGGAUACUAUUCAUCGGCGUGACGGGCGGAUCAUGUGUUACUAUAACUAUGCCCAGUAUCUCCCUGUUAGGGAGUUUGACCUAAAAGAGCGGUGUGAAGCACGCCAGGAUGCCCUGGCAUUCUCUAAGCUCCUCCUGGCCUUCAUAAUCCCCCUGGUGGUCAUUGUGUGGAGCUAUGUGUCAGUGACCAUUAGUAUCGCGCGGCGUGGCCGCAACCGGCGCCCUUUCCGCUUCGUGCGGCUAGUGGUAGCAGUGAUGAUGAGCUUUGUGAUCUGCUGGGCUCCAUACCACAUCUUCAGCGUCCUGGAGGCUGUAGCCCAGUAUCGACCCUCUCUCCGGGGCCUUGUGGCCCGUGGCCUGCCCCCCACCGCCAGCCUAGCCUUCCUCAACAGUGUGCUAAACCCCAUCCUCUAUGUGUUCAGCUGCCCGGACCUGUGCAAUAAGAUAAGACAGUCCCUGGGGGCGGUGCUGGAGAGCGUGCUGGCGGAGGACCUAGGGGAGUGGUCACGGCGACAAAGCACGCAGAGAUCUUCCAUCAGUACCUCAGAGCUGCUGCUGAGGGGGAGGAGGUCCCACAACAAUGCCCCCAGCCUGAGAGGAGGAGACUCCAGGGCGGAGGUGGAGAUGGCGCAGGGGACGAUGGAACCACACCCUGCUAACUGAGAAGGAGGUGUUGUGUCAAUGAAGGUUCUGGUGCCAAAGCCAGGUUCUGAUCCAGGUUCUGCAGCAGUGGGAUACAUAAUGAUCCAUUGAUAAAUCAUUGAAUUUUGAAUCAGUAUUAUGUACAGCAUAAACCCAGAAGGAUUGUGGGAUAUAUCUUGUGUGUUUUGCAAUGGUUUCAGUAG